AUGUCUUCCUCUUCGUCAUCGUCGACCGGCCCUUCAAUACCUUCCGCAGAGGAAGUCAGAACUGAAGUCGUCGAAGCCUCAAAACAAACGCUCUCCAGUUUCCGCUCCCUUAUCGCCGGAGGUGUUGGUGGAAUAUGUGCUGUCAUCGUGGGACAUCCCUUCGAUUUGGUGAAGGUGCGAAUGCAGACGGCGGAGAAGGGAGUUUAUAGUGGGGCUCUCGAUGUUGUGAGGAAGACUGUUGCUCGGGAAGGUUUACGGAAGGGCUAUGAUGUUGGUCAAAAGCUCGUCCGAGCAUUCUCCCCCCAAACAAACUCAGACGCCCAUUUCACAAUCGGCCAAACCUCGACCGCCGGCUUCUUUUCCGCCAUCCCCAUGACCAUCAUAACAGCUCCCUUCGAACGCGUAAAAGUUCUCCUCCAGAUUCAAGGCCAGAAACAACUGGCGCCAGGCGAAAAGCCCCGCUACUCAGGCGGCAUGGACGUCGUGCGUCAGCUUUACAAAGAAGGCGGCAUACGAUCCGUCUACCGCGGCUCUGCAAUGACGCUCGCAAGAGAUGGGCCUGGUAGCGCUACAUAUUUUGCCAGUUAUGAAUACGUGAAGAGAAAGAUGACGCCGAAAGACGCAGAUGGGAACCCGUCAGGGGAGUUGAGCUUGACGGCAGUGAUGACUGCGGGUGGGGCAGCGGGUGUGGCCAUGUGGAUACCUGUUUUCCCGAUUGAUACGAUCAAGAGUCGAUUGCAAAGUGCUGAGGGACGACCAACGAUUGGCGGCACUAUAAGAGGACUUUAUGCGAGUGGAGGCUUUAAGGCGUUCUUUCCCGGCAUGGGGCCGGCGAUGGCGAGGGCCGUACCGGCGAAUGCUGUGACCUUUCUGGGGGUGGAGUUGGCGCAUAAGGCUAUGAACAAUGCGUUUGGGUAG